AUGAAAGUAAAUUUGCUUGCCCUUUAUAUAAGAAAUUUUACUAAGAUAAAUGCAAUCAGAUCCUUCCGAUUGGCCAAGCCAAUGUCAAGGCACUUGAAACAUCCAAUGGUAUUCUUGCACUUGUGGCGCCAACGUUGAAUAACAAUUCUAACGAGCGGCCAAGAUCAAAGCUAUAGAUCCAAUACUCGAGUGAAGAGGCGGCCAUGUUGACGAUUGAUUGCAGCUUCUCACAUAAUACGACAAUUGACAAUGAAUUAAUUAAACAAUCUGAUCGGAUUGAUGUGUCCGAUCAUCUUUUCAAUCAAUCAGACAAGCAAUUAGCUCUAAUUUAGAUGCCAUUAUCAAUAUAUGGCCUUCCGUCUAGUUCUUAUUGCCAAGUACAAAUCACAUCGAUUCAUGAAACGGAAUCGCCACUAGAUGUCAUCUCUGGUUCAUUGUUCAAAAAAUGAGUUGAAUGAACCAAACGGUGGUUCAGAUUCUAUUGGGAAUCUCAUUCUGACAGUCGUAUAGUACUGUGUGUUUGUGAAAUGAACAUCCACCAUAGCUAUCACGGGGCAGUGGACAACUGAAUAAUAACUGUAAAACAAAAGUGGGUGAGUCCAGAAUUGUGAACGAGGCGCGGGUGGAUUUUCUACGACAAUCGAAUGGCCAUAACCCAGCAAGCUCAUUUACUAUCAAAAAUCAACCACACAACGAUGGAUGCUCUAUUCAUGCCAUUUAUUGGAUAUUUUCAUAUCCAAAUACUAAGCAUUGUAAUGUUUUUGAUAAUAUCUAGUGAAUGGUUACUGUGCCAUAGUGUCCAGUUGAUUGGAAUCGAAUCCAGAAUGGCCACUGAACCUUCAGAAAUAACGGCUGUUGUCAUCACCUAUUGUCCACUGAUUGAAAUUGAUUACAAUUAUGAAGCCAACGUAAAUCUAACACGUUCCCGCAAUUAUUAUGAAUGUCCAGGCAGUCAAGGACCAAUGUACACUCAAUGUUGUGAAUAUAACCGUUGUUGUUUGCCAUCUAUCUACACUCGACUUGACCAGAAUGUUUACUACUAUGCAGCGUUGAUCAGUUUGCUCGGCUUUGCAUUAUUGAUUAUCAUUAUAUGUUCUUGCUGUACAUUACGAAGAUGUUUGAAAUGCCAUAACAAACAGGACCUUCAUCUACGAGAAAACAAAUUGUUCGAAAUGUCUCACCAACAACAACCGAACCACGUUGGUCAUCAUACAUCACAACAGACAUUUGGACCGGAAAGUAAAUCAAACCAUCAUCGAAUGGACGAUGAAUGGUUGCCAGUCAUGGAUCAGGUGGACGAUUCGCCAUUAGCACAUUAUUACAGCAACCCGAAUCCAAAUGUCGCAAGAGAUGAUCAUAACUAUGUUGAGGGUGGGAUAGAUGGUGGUAGCUGUUUACCUAUGCCAUCCAUACUAAUUAAUCCAUUGGCAGACCAUCGACCACAAAAUUGGCAGGCCCAAUUCUUGUUUGAAGGUAUGGUCUAAGCCUUUUCUGACCAACUUUCUCAUAUCAUAAACAUCAUGGAAACGAUCAACUCCGGAACAAAAAAAUUUGUACAACUCUUCUAUUACUUGAUUUGAUUUGUGUUUGAAUAUUAUUUAAUAAAUGUGUUCAAUGUGAACACUGUUUUUUUUCAUUUA